AUGCCAGGCGGCGUUUGUGCGGUCCUCGAUUACGAGGUAGAGCUUAUGGCCGAGUAUGUCGCUGAGAUGGCUAUGCGGAUUGUCCUACCAGAUCACCCCUUGGUUACUGGUGCAUUCCGGAAGUUCGUCUCCCAAGUUCUCACUUCAACCAGACUCCCAAGCACCACGAUUCUGUUGGGUAUGAACUAUCUUUCCAAGAGAGUCAAUCAGCUCCAGGCAGCGCCUGCACCAUUCAAGCCGAAUGAAGGACAGGUCUGGCGAAUGCUCACAGUCUCGCUACUCUUGGGCAGCAAGUUUCUCGACGAUAACACCUUCCAGAACCGGUCCUGGUCCGAGGUCAGCGGCAUUCCCGUGCAGGAGCUCAACACCAUGGAAAACGGUUGGCUCCGGGAUAACGACUGGAGAUUGUAUGUCAACCUGGACGAGAGUGGUGACUACAAGGCUUGGCUCGCGCACUGGAAGAAUUGGCAGAGUGAGAAGAAGCGCGAACAUCUCGCCCAGCAGCAACGCAGCGAGAGACUCACGCCCCUUGUUACAUCGAUGCGUCACCAUCCUCGCGCGUAUGAAGGCUGGACGCCCGAGGAGAUAACCGAUCACGAGCGUGCUCGAUUGUCCCGCAACAGCAAGUCAUACCAGUAUCAGAAUUCGUGGCAAGCUGCACCAUUGACACCGCCCGACUCUGGUUAUGGUACGCCCGACUACCUCAACUCAGCAGCGUCGGUUAAUUCCCGAUACAAUGAAUGGUUCAACUCAGCUGUCGCGGCCAACUACAAUCGAGGCUAUCAGUCUUCCAACAACUUCAAUGACCACCGAGGAUCAGCCCAUUACCAGCAGCCCUUCUAUGGUCAAUAUGGCGGUCAAAACUCAUGGGAAUCCAGCGUUGCCGACUGCAACUGUUCGCAGUGCAUGGCGACUCUCCACAAGAACCCUCACUACUUCCAUCACCAACAUCACUAUGGUCAGCCCGUCAUGGGCUGA